AUGCAUCUGAACGCCGCUGCAACACUCCUCCUCCUCACCUCCUUAAUCAGCGCAACUGGGGCAUUUCCACUCACGGCCACGCCGGAGGACAACAACACAAUACCUCUCCACCGAAGAAAGACACCUUAUUCAGUCGUGCCUGUCGACGGAGGUGAAAACGAAAGCGAAAGCAGCGCCACCACCACCAGCAGCACUACUACCACAACAAGCGAAGUCACAACGACAACGACUGAAAUCAAAACUUCAAUCGAAACUGAAACCGAAGUCAGAACCAAGACCACAACUACAACCACAACUGAUAUCAGCGUCGAGCUCUCGACGCUCAUUACGACUGCGACUGCGUCUGCGUCUGAAUCGGCAUCUACGCCAGUGGUGUCGGUGACUGUUUCGCCUCCCACUCCCACGUCUUCAUUUUCCACCUCUUCGGCGGUGGUCGUCUCUAGCCCAUCGACAACACCAGCUAUUAUUACGCCAUCUCCAUCCGCAAGGUCUAUUCCAGUAGUUACUCCACCUGCGAGCUUGAGUUCUACGCACAGCUGGACGAAUGGUACGCGAUCUGUCGUUGCCCGGCAGCAGAUGAAAUGA